GGAAUUCGGCACACCUGUACGUUUUGUGACGACAUGGUGCGUUGCCUACUACCUCUCCUGCUGAAUACUUUAUGGUUUGAGUAACACUAGAUAAAUUGCUGCUGAAUGAACGAAACGCCCUGCUGCUCGCGUCUGGAUUAGGUAUACACUUAUAUCCGACUGCUUAUUAUCCGCACUACCGGGAGAUAUUCAUCGAUUAGCAACACUAAUGGCCGCGGCGAGCAAUGAAGACUGUUCAGGGUUGAAUGAAGACUGUUCCAAUGCAAAACGAAGAAAAGUCAACUCGGAAGAUUCCAGAUACAUCGCUGCUCUUAUUCUCGCUCGUGGAGGGAGUAAAGGCAUCCCUCUGAAGAACAUCAAGAUGCUAGCAGGUGUUCCUUUGAUAGGUUGGGUGAUCAGAGCAGCGCUGGACUCAGGCGUUUUUGACAGUGUUUGGGUGUCCACUGAUCAUGAUGAGAUCGAGAGAGUGGCCAGGGCUUGGGGUGCUGAAGUGCACAGGAGGAGUCCAGGGGUGUCCAAAGACUCCUCAAGCUCACUGGAGACCAUUCAGGAGUUCAGCAGGCUAAACCCAGAUUUUGGCGUCAUCUGUAACAUCCAGGCCACAUCUCCAUGUCUGCACCCCCACCAUCUCAAAGAGGCUGUGGAGUUCAUCACCAAAGAAGGGUUUGAUUCUGUCUUCUCUGUGGUCCGGCGACACCAUUUCCGAUGGCAAGAGGUCGAGAAAGGAGAUGGCCAAUGUACUAAGGCACUGAACCUGAACCCAGUUUGCAGGCCGCGGCGUCAGGACUGGGCAGGAGAGCUGUGUGAAAACGGCUCUUUUUACUUCACUACCAAAGAACUUCUAGAAAAGGGGUUUCUUCAGAGUGGUAAAAUGAAGUACUUUGAGAUGAAGCCCGAGUACAGUGUGGAUAUUGAUGUUGACAUAGACUGGCCCGUAGCUGAACAGAGAGUGCUGAGGUUCGGUUACUUUGGUAAGGACAAACCUGAAGUUGUGAGACUUCUGCUGUGCAACGUCUCAGGAUGUCUGACAGACGGUCAGAUCUACAUCUCAGCAAAAGGAGAGGAGAUGGUGUCAAUCAAUACCAGAGACCAGGCUGGCAUCGACAUGCUGAAGAAAGAGGCAGUGAAGGUUAUUUUGAUCGAAAAAGACCCCAUAACAAAAGCCUUAGCAGACAAACUCUCACAGAGAAUGGGCUGUCCACUCCUGCAGAAAGUGGAUGACAAACUGAAGAAGGUGCAGGAACUCAUGAAGGAAAAAAAAAUGGAGUGGAAAGAGGUGGCAUAUUUAGGAAAUGAUGAGGCGGAUAUAAAAUGCCUGGAACUGGCAGGGUUGAGCGGAGUACCCAUGGAUGCCCCAACGGUGGCGCUCAACCAUGCCAAAUACAUCUGCCGCAACGCAGCAGGGCGCGGAGCCGUGCGAGAGUUCGCCGAACACAUCCUACUGCUGAAAAAGAAGGCCAAGUCUCAGAUGGAGCAGGACAGAAUUUGCAGAAACACAUUUUAGGAGAGAUUAUACCAUAGAUGUGUUCAGUCGGGCAAGAUUGUGAAGCUCAAAUAAAUUAAAUAUUUAAGGGCAAGGGUGUUUAAUAGAGCAAAUUUUUAUUUUUGAGUUAACUAUUCCUUUCAUUCAAAAUCUAAAAACAGAAUGGUAUGUAUUUGGAGGUAGUUUGUGCUCCAAAAUAUACACUAGAGGGCACCCUUGUACAAACAAAUUACUUAGUUACCAGCCUCAUUUAAAUUCAACAGAAUAUUAUAUUAAGCUGCUAAAAUUAUACAGUCAGUGUCAACACAGAGUAAGUCCACAUCGUGUGAGUCUUAAUUCUACUAAACAAAUUGCUCAAAUAUUAUUUUUUCACACUCUUCCAAAACCUAGUUUUAAAACAAAUUUUGAGUCAGUCGCUGUCACUAAUUGAUUAUUGGGAAGUAAAGUAUCAAAAAUAAAUUAUUAUAUAGCAGUUUGUUAUUGUAUCUAUCACCAUUAACUUAAAACUACAUAAAGUGGCAGUCAGUCCGUUUGUGAGGUCAAAAAAGCUCAAAUUCACUGAAGCCAUCAUCUGAAUAUGAUUAUUUUACCAGCUACCUCACCAGCCUCACUGAUAUUUAGUAGAUAAUCACUAUGGUACCCAGUUUUGCAUACUAAAACGUAUCUUGGAGAGUUCCUUCACCCUCAUGAAUUUCUUUAUUGUUUGGCAGCAGUAUAUGACCUUUAGUUGUCUCUGUGUGAUGCCUGAACGAUGAUCACCAGGGUAAAAGCACAGAGGCCAUAAUGAGGGUGAGAUUUCCACUCACCAGCCACAAUUAAGACUCAAUAGGUCUGUUAAUUUAUGAUUCCUCUUAAUCUAUGCAUCCUAAGAGAGAGGGCAAACCCAAUUAACUCUCUCUCCUCAUCCUCUGGCACAUUAUCAUUGUGCGCUUGUCGUUGUGUGCUCGCAGUGCAAUGCCAGCCGAAUACAAUUUAGCCACUAAAUCAGCCAAAGUCAACUUAUAUAACUAAAGAGAGUGGGAAGAUAGGACAUUUCCCUGGAAAUUAAAUGUUAAUUCAUAACUUGGGUUCUGUGAUAAAGUAGCAUUAUGAUUUAGAUCUAGUUUGAGUUCAUCUUACAGACAUUUCUGUUGGUUUCAAGGGCUAAAAUGGGAAACUGAUUAAAGGAAAGGCAUGCAUUGGAGAAGCUUUGCUUUGUUACAGAACGAAUCAAUGUUUGUGAAUAAAUUUUGUUUGUUUUCUUAAGGGAAUAAACUGUUGUUCAUUUGUUAAAGUGAUCAAACGUCCACCAAAAUGUCCUGAUUUUCACUCGAUGUUCAAAAGAGCCUAUAGAUGGCACCUAAUG